UGUAGUUUGUCGUACGGAGUCGCCAUGUAGUUUUUGCCAUGAUGUCCAGAGACACCAUGUAUAGAUUGUUUAGAUAAGCUUCUACUACUAUGUCCAGGGUCACUGUGGACAUUUCUAGCUUUAUAUAAGCUCGCCAUGACACCCAAGGCUAUAGUGCCCUCUGGUCUUCUACUUGCGUCCAUGGUUGCUGUGGACGUGCUCUUUGAAUUGGAUAAGCUUACCAUGACAUCCACGGUUACUACGUACUCCCCCUUCUUCUACUAACUCUCGUCCACAGUCGCUAUGUACCGUCUUUUAUCUCCCAAACCGCGCGUGGUCACCACGUACGAGCUCUUCUUAUACCUUGUCAUCAUCCGCGCAUAGUUACUAUGCACAUCAACCUCUAACUGUUUUCAUCUAUGUUAACCCGGUCAAUAUUUAUCUAUGGUUGGGAUAAUUAUACCAUCACAAGCCCCCCACUCCCUAAGCCAAAUAGCAUAUUGGCGAUAGGGAGUAUAGGCAUAGUUGCCGUGUCAAUGUUGAUAGACAUAGUUGCCGAUUCAAUGUUGAGUGUACAUGGUCACCAUGUCAAUUUUUGUUUUUUGUCUUUACCCAUUCAAUCAUUUUAACUAAUUCAAUUUUCCUUUUCUUUUACUGAAGUGUGCAGCUCAUGACUCCAAAUUUACUUCCUUCCUGGCAGCUUCGUUGGUGAGGGUCAAGGACUGCCAUACUGCCCAGGUCGCAGCUCGUCGGCAGCCACCAGCCGGUCAACGUCUCCAGCCGCCACCAGCGUCCAAUUACGCAACCAGCCUACCCACGUUCGAAGUUCUUGCCUGCCGUCGUACUCCAUCCGCCCCAGACGGUCGCUGCGAGUAAACAGAGCACCCCAACCACACCGGCGGUGUCCCUAUAGCCUGGCAUUAGCGCACUCCGGUGACCUCAGGGACUGUUCGCCGUCGUCGUCUGUCAUCCUGCCAUCGUCGUCGUUGUCCCGCUGAAGGUCUGAAUCAGAUUCCGCCGCCGUUGCUGUUAGAAUACACAGGUAUGCUCCCGUUUUCUGUCUUCUUUCCUUUUAUUUGUAAUUUUGACUUCCCUCUUAAGUCUCCUCCGUAAUUUUGGCUUUGAACAUAACUCCUUUUGCUAUGUCAUUGAUGUUAUCAAUCAAUUGCAGUGACGUACGAAGUAUCUUUCAAUUUUUUUUUUUAUAGCUAAUGACUGAUAUACGUAGUAAUAUUUUUUUUUUUUUAAUAAUUAGCGGCUGAUUUUUCUCUUGCCCUUUUUUUUUGCAUAAUAUGUUAGCUGUUAAUACCUUAUGGAUGUACUGGACUCCAUAGACUCUGAUGAAUUGUUCAGUGGUGACGGGGAAUUAGUGUUGGAGAAUUUUCCUCAUCCCUGGGCAGAUGUUAAUUCUGAUGUUGAAGAAAUUAGUCCCAUAAAGCCACGAGCCGCUUCAGUCAAACCACCAAAACGUCGCUACCGUGGUCCGUAUCCACCCUUAGACCCGAGCCCCAUCUUACACUACAGGUCGCGCCUCUCAGUUUCCAAGUUUCAAAAGUAUAAGAAAUUUUUUCCGUCCACAGUGACUGUCCGAUGUCCAGAUUCGGAGGAUAUUGUAACCGAUCCUCCUAAGGGUCACUUUUUCGGGGUGCAUAUUCUUUCCAUAAAAUUAGGAUUCCGCUUUCCCACACACCCUUUGAUUAUCGAGUUUUUAAAUGAUCUUGAAAUUUCACCUUGUCACUUGACUCCGCUCGGUUAUCAGUAUUUGGUAGCUUUCCUGGUCCGGUGUAAGACACUUGGGAUUGAACCGUCCCUAGACCUCUUCAAGCACAUGUUCCGAGCUGGGCAGUGCUCGGCAUCUGAUAGUCUGUCCUGGGUGUCUAUCUCUCAACGCAACCACUUUGACAUGUGGAAGGUCACUCGUAGCAACGAAGCCAAUUGGAAAGAAGAAUUUGUCUAUGUGUCGUCUGGAUCUCCGUUACCUUUUUCAUCGUCUUUGAAUUGUCGGUUUAAGAAGUAUUCGUACCCGAAACUUCCGGUUGACCAGGAGACAUGGCCGGCUAUGAUUCUUUCUGGAGGACCGUAUAGCCUCUCUGCCUUUACUUCCGAGGACCGCCUAACCACGGUUGGACUCUAUUCGCCGUCACCAUGUUCGGGUGCACACGCAUCCACGUCCACGGAUCAAGAUAUGACAUCGCGGUUGGAGAUGUUCCAAAGCUUCGACCAGGAUGGGCCUCGCGGUAGUGACCAGGGGCGCUCUGACAAGAAACCAAGGGUUCCCUCCGUCACAAAAGGCAAGGAUGCCAUUGUAACUGUGCCUUCAUCCAUUGCAAAACGCAGGGCCGCUAGCCCCGCAGCCCGCGUCACCCGUAGCAUGAGUGAUAUUCCCACGGCGGGGAUGACUACUUGGUUACGAGGUAACCUUGAGUUACCCCCGCUCUUAUCACAGGUGAUCACGGCGACUGAGAAGGAGAAAAUUUCAACACUUGACCAUGCUGCUUUAGAGAAGAGGAGCCACCAUGGCCUGGCCGAGCUACUGUUGUCCAUCUCCGAGGUGAACCGAAGGAAAGAUGAGCGCGAGAAAGAUUUGUCGCUACAACUCACCGAAUUAGCGAAGGAGGUGGCAUCGCUCAAGCUCGUGCGUGACUCACAUGCAGCCGAGGUCACUGCGCUUAAAGAAAUGCACGCCGUGGAGUUGGCCAAUGCAAGGGGGCGGGCCGUGGAUGCAUACAAGAAUUCUCCAGAGUUCGUGUCUGAUCAGGAAGCAUACAUUAAUGCCCACUUGAACGAUAUUAGCAAGCAUUGGUUGUCUACUCCGGAAGGUCGUGAGAAACUGGCCUUAGAGAGCUACAUCUCCUACCAGAUCGGGAUAUAUGCCACUCAACAGAAAAUAUAUCCUAUCUUGAGGGAUAAGGCUGGUACCUCUUGCAUCACUGAUUGGGGACUUCCUCCUGAGGUUCCCAACCCUGAGAUCCCGGUAGCCAACACGCCCCUGGACUAUAUUCCUUUUGACAGACUCCCCACUGAUGAGGAGCUUGGCGAUCUUCCUUCCGAGACAGAUCACCCAGCUUCGACUGCUUCUGUGCCUUAGAGCAUGCAUGGGAGUGACGGAUGGACGUAGUGUAGACUUUAAUUCUGUCAUGUCUUCAAUUAUGAGUACCUGAAUUGCUAAACAUGUUUUGAAUUUCAUAAAAU